AUGACAGACGACCUGUUGGCAAAAAUACAAGACCAAGUAUAUCGAAACCUUGUUGAUCAAGAAUCAAUUUGUAAAAACACAUAUGGAUCAAAUGUCACUCAAGAUAAUCGACCGCCAAUAUUUAAUCAAACCUCACAGAGCUGGAUGUGUCCUGCAUACUGGGACACUAUUUACUGUUGGCCAGAAACUCCAGCCAACACCACUGCAAUCGUCGAAUGUCCUUCAUAUGUCACAGGAUUCAAUGAGACGCACAAUGCCUCACGAACUUGCAACGAAGGAGGCUUUUGGUUUUUAAGAAAUAACAAAACAUGGUCUAAUUACACAGGCUGUUAUUCCGGAUCGACAACAACAAUACUUGUAGAUGUGAAGCCAGAAUCAAUUUCAAAAACGUUGCAGAACAUCUUGCCAGUUGUUAAAAUGAUAUCUCAAACUGGAUAUGCAGCCUCACUAAUCUCAUUAAUAAUAGCAUUCUUAAUAAUGUUUUCAAUAAAGAAGCUGCAUUGCGCAAGAAAUAUUUUGCAUAUGAAUUUGUUCGCUUCAUUCAUCUUAAGAGCGUUUAUUCUAAUAUUGAAAGAUUUACUUUUUUAUGAGGGGUUGGGAACUUCUGAAGAUUUUAUAGUCAUAGAAGAAAACAAAUAUUUCAAUAUAAACAUGGAGACGAAUAACUUCAAAUGUAAACUUUUAACCUCAUUCGUUCAAUACUUUACCACUGCUAAUUAUUCCUGGAUAUUGAUGGAAGGAUUGUACCUAAAUAACUUAAUUUUUAGAGCUUUAUUUGUAGAUUCCAGCAAAAAUAUUGUCCACUAUAUUAUACUAGGAUGGGGAUUACCUUUAUUAGUAGUUAUACCGUGGAUACUAGCACGAAUAUGGCUCGAAGAUACUUUAUGCUGGACGUCUCAAGUUAACAACAUCGCAUUUUUAAUAAUUGCUGUUCCCACAAUUAUAUCGAUUAUAAUCAACUUCAUCCUUUUUGUGAUAAUUUCUAUUGUACUAUAUAGUAAAUUAAGAUCACCGAUUAACGAAGAUUCAAGAAGAUACCAAAAAUGGGCCAAAUCAACGUUGGUGCUAGUUCCACUAUUUGGUGUCCAUUACUUCAUUUUAUUAAUCUUCUAUUUUGUUAGAAAGACUGAGGACACCGUAGAAUUAAUUUGGUUAAUUUGUGAUAUAUUAUUUGGUAGUUUCCAGGGUUUCUUCGUUGCAAUUCUAUAUUGUUUUUUAAAUGGAGAUGUUAAAGUGGAAUUAAAACCUUAUAUAAACUCAGUAUUAACAUAUUUAGCUGCAAAUAGAUGUUUAAGUUAUUGUUUUCCAUGCAGAGAAAGAUAUUUAAGAUCAGCUAUGGGCAGGACAUCAGUAUGCACGACUAUGUCUUGUAGUUCUUUAUAUACAAAUGGAGUCAUUCAUCAUCGAAAUAGUCGUUCAAGAUUGGGAGAUUUUCCAAAAAAUGUUAAAAACCAUUUGUCACAAGGUAGCGAAAAAUACAAAGAUCAUGUCUGUGCUAAUAGACUAAAAAACAUGAGGGAAAGUCAAACUAGCCUGAACAUUCAACAUAAACAACACUCUAUUGUUGGUUCAAAUGGAAUGGCGGAAACGGCAUUAACAAAUGAGUUAAGGCGAGAAAAAUGUCUUCCCGAGCAAUUAGUUAUUGAAGAAGAAAUAUGCAUGUUGGAAAAUAAUUUUAACUAGUUUAAGAAAUUACCUUUCUAUGAAAAUUAUAUCAUUUUUCAAACACAAGAAGAAAUUUCUUUCCUCAAAACAUAGUACAAACUUAUAAUCGAACUUCAUCUUUAUCAAGAGGCAAGAGGUUGCUUAAUUCAGGAACAUAUCACAUUUUAUAUAUCAUAUAAAUUUAAAAGAAACGUAUUAUCAAGAUCUAAAAAAUGAUAAAUCUGUUUCUUGUUUCACAUGAUUGUUAUAUAUGUGUAUGUAUAUUAUACAUCAAAUAAAACAUGUAUUAUAAAUGUGAAAAUACAGCAAAACCUUAUUAACUUUGAUUUUGACGCUUCAAAUAAUGUAUAUAGUGAAUCUUUUUAAUGUAAAAUAGGUUGUUUAAUGUUAACUCUGCUGUGUAUAUGUUACAUGUAGUGUUGACUGUGGUUGAAAACUAUAAUUUUUUAUAAUGUUUAGGUUAAAAAAUAUUUGUAUAAAAGUUAAACCAAUAAAAAUUCUAAAAAAAUA